AGGCUGUGUUGGUUGUAUGUUAAUCUGACUGUUUCUGUUGACUGAGGAGUCAUCCGUAAUAAAUGCUUGAUGAAUAAUAUAUAAAGCCUCUUAUAUAUGCCUUAUGUGUUUGGCUAGACAACACAUGACAUGGUGUCAGAAGUGAAAAGUUCUCAGAACGCCGAGAAAAUCUAACGUUGCAUAGCGUCAGAUUCGUCAGGACAUUUUUACAUUCACGUUUAUUGUGCUUCGCCAACACAAGAUUGUGUUAUUGAAGAUUGUAAAAAGCUUCCCUGAUAAAUAACUGUUCAACAUGGAUCAUUUCAAUGCACCUGGUACCGUAAUCUUGAUAUUCACCAAGGUAAUUUGGCUGAAACUGGCGUCGAUUUAAACAGAGUUUUGACGUAUAUUUGAUUGCUGUAGAGAAGAAUAACAAACCUGAUGCUGCCAAAGUUGCCAUGUUAUUAAAUUUUGCUGGUGAAGAUGCUUUAGAACUAUAUGAAAAUUUUACCUAUGCUGAAGAUGAUGAUAAACAGUUGAACAAUUUGAAAACUAUUUUAAUCCACAAAAAAGUAUAUUGUUUAAAAGAUUUAAAUUCUGGGAAUACAAGCAAAAAAAGACUGAAACUGUUGAUGAAUAUGCAACAAGAUUGAGAACACAAGUCAAACAAUGCCAAUUUGUAGCACCACAGAAUAUGGUGAGAGAUAAAUUUGUGCUUGGUUUAAGUGACAAUUCUGUCAAAGAAAGAUUGUUGAGAGAAAAAGAUCCAACAAUCACGAAAGCUCUUGAAAUAGCACGCACAGUAGAAACUUCAAAAGCGCAAAUCGAUGCAAUGAAAAAUACUUCGAAUGCAUGCGAUACAAAUAUGUUCAAGAAAGAAGAAAAUUCAGAGAUUAACAAUCUGCAGAAAUCAAGAAAUAUAAAAAAGCAGACACAGAAGUCAAGAUCUUAUGGAAAAAGAACAUGUCAGUACUGUGGAAGAUUUCAUGCUCCAAGAUCAUGUUCAGCAUUUGGUAAAAGAUGCAACUAUUGCAAGAAAAUAGGACAUUUUGAAUCUGUAUGCAGACUCAAGUCAAGGAGGCCUGGAGGAAAUAAAGAUGUUUGUACCUUACAAAGACAUGCAAAGACUAACAAUGCUGAUAAUAGUGAAGACAGAACACCAACAUUGUACUGCCUGAAUGAUGUAAAUUCAUUAAAUGAUAAAGAUAGUUGGCAUGUUGAUGUCAAAAUUCUAGACAAAUCAGUCAAUUUCAAAAUUGACACUGGUGCUGAUUGCAAUGUUAUAUCUGAGAGAAUUUUUGAUCAGUUGAAAGUCAAAAAUUUGAAAAUACAUCCUACAAGCAUAAUAUUGAAAAUGUUUGAUGGCAGAAAAAUCAAACCUAAAUGUAAAAUAUGUGUACCUUGUGAACACAAAGGCUUCCCAAAACAUAUUGAUAUAAUGAUAGUCAAACAGGAUGUACCAUCAGUACUUGGUUUGAAUGCAUGUAUAAGUUUGAAUCUUAUAAAGAGAAUUGAUAAUUUACAAAAUUGUAAUAAUGUUGAAGAUGCAUUCUCUAAUAUUUUUGAUGGCCUGGGAGUCAUUGACAAUUUUGUUCAUAAAAUUCAGCUUAAAACUGAUGUAAAAGCCAUAAUAAAUCCACCUCGUAGAGUACCUGUUGCUCUAAGAGAGUUGCUCAAAGCUGAAUUGAAUCGUUUGGAAGAUUUGAAUGUUAUUGAAAAAAUUACUGAACCUACAGAAUGGGUCAAUAGUCUAGUAAUUGUAAAAAAGAAGAAUAAUGCUUUACGAAUUUGCCUUGAUCCUUUGCAUUUGAAUCGUGCUAUAAAACGGGAACAUUUUCCAAUGCAAACCAUUGAAGAUAUUAUGACUAGAAUGUCUAAUGCCAAAUAUCUUUCUGUACUUGAUGCUAAUCAUGGUUUCUGGCAAAUUAAGUUAGAUGAUGACAGUGCAAAAUUAUGCACAUUUAACACAAUUUUUGGGAGAUAUUUUUUCAAACGACUACCCAUGGGUAUUUCUAGUACUAGUGAAGUUUUUCAGAGAAUUAUGACCCAAAUAUUUGAAAAUAUUGAAGGUGUUGAAGUAAUUAUUGAUGAUAUACUAGUGUGGGGCAGUACACUAGAGGAACAUGACCAACGGUUGUCUAUUGUUCUUGAAAAGAUCAGACAAAGCAAUUUGAAAUUGAAUCGUGAUAAAUGUAAAUUUCGUUUGGCUAGACAACACAUGACAGUAUGAAACGCAGAGAUGUUUUUCUUAAACUAUCUAUGAAAAAGUCUGUUGUAAUACUUCGCCAAGAAACACAUUGUACUGCAGAUGCUGAACUAAAAUGGAGUAGAGAAUUAAAAUAAGGUAACAGCAUAUAGAACAACGGUGAUUAAAAUUCAAAAAGUGUUGCUAUAUUGCUAAAGUUAAAGCUAGCAAGUUUUUCAUUUUAUAAUAUCUUAUUUGAUAAAGAUGGAAGAGUUCUCACUUCAGAUAUAAAGAGGCUAUUCAUGGAGAAAAGAUUCAUUUAGUGAACAUAUAUGCUCAUUGUCGGACAAACAUUAUCAUACAAGAAUGUUUUUAUAAUAGCAUCUAUAGUUUCCUAUACUCUCAUCAAACCGUGAUUUUAGGCGGUGAUAUGAACUGUGUUCAUGAUAUAGACAAAGA